UCAGCGGCAGCGGCAUCCGACGACGUGGAAAAACAUGUCUCCUGCCAGUGACGUGUUGCAUUCUUGACAUCUCGCUAACCAAAUUUCUAUGCAUAACAACAAGCCAAGGUCCUUUAGGUUGGCACAAAUAUGUCGGCGCGCGGCACUCGGAAAACGCUUGUUGGCGUAUUCCCGCGCUAAGACGCGGCGGUGGCGGCAAACGUCAACACUGUCAAUAAAAUUUAGAUAGUUACGAAGGGAAGUGAGCGGGAUCAGCGGCGAGAGUGCAUCGCGUACAAUCGUGUGCAUCAAAGUUAUCCUAGCUUAGUCCUCGGGGAUCUUUAAUUCUUUAUCACAUCGUUCUCUAUAGAAAAGUAAUCUCUGAAAGUUUCUUUCGUCUUGGCAAACGCUGUAAAGUGGUAUCUUACGAAAAUGGGUUUAUCCGACGAUUUAGAGGAUUCAAUUUUCAUGAAACACCAAGAUCUCUGCCAGAAACUUAACAUGGAUGCAGGUGCAGCCAACGACGCGUGGAAAGCCUACGACGACAUGAGAAAACGUUAUAGUCUUGAGGGUGAUCAAUCACACUGGAUUGGCUGUGCCCUGUAUGUUGCAUGUAGAAAGACUUCAUUUCCCACUGUUGGGAAAAGUAAUACAAGCAUUCAAGGAAACUGUGUUUCCUUAACAAAGUUGCUUACACUCUGCAAUAUGCCUCUGGUUGAAUUUUUCACAAAAAGCAAAGCCUGGGCAGACAUGAGCAACAUGCCACAAGAUUUUGGUGCAAGAAUUGAUACUCUACAAAGAAACUUUUCAGUAUCAUCUGUGUUAUUUCAAAAAUAUCAGCCAAUAUUCAGAGAUAUAUUUAAAAAUCCUGAUGAUUUAAGUAAACCAACUAGAACAAGAAGACAUAAAGCUGUUGCAUGUUCAUUGAACCAACUAUUUGAGUUCUGUUGGACACUUUUUACUUGUAUCAAAAGUGGAAUCCCUACACUAUCUGAUGAUCUGGUCACUUCAUACCACUUAUUGUUAGAUAUUUGUGAUUUGAUGUACAGCAAUGCAUUGUUGGCAAAUAGGAAAGAUUUGUUGAAUCCAGAUUUUCCUGGCUUGCCUGAAAAUUUUAGUAGUGAAGACUUUGUACCUCCAAAAUCUGCAAAUUGCAUUGUUGAUUUGCUGUGCGAACGUUUUAAGGCCAUUGCUAUUGAAGCAAAGAGUAUCAAAGAAUAUUCACUAAAACCUUAUUUAUCUAGGCUUUUUCAAGAAAAAAUUUUAAAGGGUGAACAAUCUAAUAUUUCUGGACUUUUGGAAGCUCUAUAUUUUGAUGGAAAUAAUAAGGCUGUAAAUAAAGCUUAUGAACAACAUAUACUUAGUAUUGGCGAACUGGAUGAAAGAAUAUUUUUAGCAGAAUGCAGACGUAUAAGAUUUGAUAAUGAAUCUUUAAUUGCUAAUGGGGAAAACUGGCCUGCAUUAUCAAAAGGACCAGAUUUAUUAAUAGGUAAUCUAUCAAAUAAAAUACCAAAUGUUAGCAGUCUUGAAGAGCAGUUACAAUCUCGAAGUCAACUAGGAACGAUGCAUUGUUUAGCACCCCUAACACCACUAACUGGUCGAAAAUAUUUAAAGAAAAAAGAUUUGGCAAAUGCUGCAACGAUAUCUAUACCCACACAGAGUGUCAUAAAACUCCAAACUUUAUUAGUUGGAUGUCAAGCUCAACCAUCUGAAAAUCUUUCUCAAGUAUUUACCAAUAGUUCAUUUGAUACUAAAACUUUUGUAGAAGCUAAAGUCCAAAAGUUUGCACAAUUGUUUUGUGAUGCAUACAGUCCACCAGUUCCUGAUAACGAAAAUUUGUUAAAUUUUGGAUAUAAACGUGCACAAUCAGCUCAGGCUCUUUUCUACAAAAUGUUAGAAUUAGUUUUAGCUGAUGAAAUGAUGAAAAAACCUAACUUUGACGUGUCGACUUUACUGAAAAACAACAAGUUUUUACAAUGUUUGUACGCGUGCUGUUGCGAAAUAGUAUUGUACUCUUAUCAAAAUCGAGACAAAUCAUUUCCAUGGAUCUUAUUGACUUUAAACCUGGAAGCCUAUCACUUUUAUAAAGUCAUAGAAGUAAUUGUCAAAGUAGCUGUUGACCAAUUGACUCGCGACACUGUCAAGCAUCUGAAUAGAAUCGAAGAAAUAAUACUAGAAUCUCUGGCAUGGAAAUCAUCUAGUCCAUUGUGGGAGGCAUUAGAAAAUUGUGAGGUUGAUGUUCCUUCUUAUGAAGAGGUUGCGCUUCCUGGCACUUUUGAUCUAAUAGAUCCCAAUACUCCUGGCCAACCAGUUCUAAGAAAAAUUGCUCUCGACAGAAAUUCUCAGAGCGAUGUUCCACAAAGUCCGGUGUCAUCGGCUUCGGAAAGAUUUCAGUCGCCUAAUAUUACUGCGGCUGCUAAAAAACGCCUGUUCACUGAUUCGAAAUCAGGCUCUCAAAGUGUGCUGAAAGGUCAAAAUUUAAUGGCAAAACUAAUGGAAAUAGAUCAACCAAACUUGACAAAAAGUAAUGAAAUUUGCAACGGCACUGCAGUUAACCGUGAUCGGAGCAAACCUCGAAGAACUGGUUCACUCGCUCUAUUUUUCCGAAAGUUUUACCAUUUAACUAUCGCAAGAAUGCAGACUUUGUGUAAUUCGUUGAAGAUUGCUGAACAUGAUUUGAAGAGAAAAAUAUGGACGAUAUUCGAAUACUCCAUAAAGGAUAAAACUAAUUUAAUGAAAGAUCGUCAUUUGGAUCAGAUUCUGAUGUGUGCGGUUUACGUUGUUUGUAAACUCGUGAAAAUUCAAGCAAACUCAUUCACAGAGAUAAUGAAGUGUUACAGACUGCAACCCCAAGCAGAAUCACAUAUUUAUCGUUCAGUUUUUAUAAGAAUUGCCACUAAUCAAGUUGAUCUGGAAAAUUCUAACAGUAGUAAUAAUAGCAACCCGCCACCUACUCCAUCGGGAAUGGCUGCAACUUCAUUUGUUUACGGUUCAGAGGAACGUGGAGAUUUGAUCAAAUUUUAUAACGAAAUUUACGUACCGGAAGUUCAAGAUUUCGCCAAACGCUUGGGCUUAAAUGAUAACAAUUCGAACUUAACUUUAAGUCCAUUGCCUAGAUAUAGUUCUAUUGCGAGUCCUUCUCCAGUCAGAAGAGUUACUAAUAGCGUCAUGACUCGUGUUCUUGAUCCUAAGGAAAUUGCUGCUACGCCGGCACCCCAACUUCAGUAUUGCUUCAAUCGUAGCCCUGCUAAGGAUUUAGAUACAAUCAAUAGAAUGAUUACAACGGUUGACGCAAGAAAGAGCAUCAGUAAACGACUUCUUUCGAACGAAUCAAUGGUAUUCGCCUCAGAACUUGACAAUCCUACUAAGAAAAAUUUAACCGAUGCAGGUUUUAUUGCCCGAAAGAUUGAAAAUAUUAUAGGAGAGCGACGCAUUAACAAUCCGUAAUUCAAAGUCGAUUGUAUUAUAUAUUUAGUAGAUAGAAAAUAUUAAAUGUGCUUUCACGUGCACUUAGUUUUAUUACCGAUAAUAUAUUCGAGACAUCUAGAAAAAAGAAAAAAAAGAAUAUUCUAAAUUUUCUUAGAAAUUAAUUGUAGAAGUAAACUACUUCAUUAAAAAUUUUAUUUAAUAAAUUUGUAUAUGGUUGCGAAAAGUUUGUUAGUAGCUUGUAAUAGUUUUAACAACUAUAUUUUCAUUCUUAGAUCUUAAAAGCUUUUGUAAAUAGUCAUUUCAACUUUUUUUGUUUUUCCAAUUAAUACGUCCGCUUUUAUUAUCACUUAGAUUAUGAAUUUUAUUCAACGUUUAAAUAUGUACUCGCUGACUGAGUACUGGCCUUCCUUUCAAUAAUUAUUUUACAUAUGCAAACAUUGAUACUGCUACAUUAGUCCUUACAAUUCUGAAAGACGUCGUAUACCUACAAUAAACGUGGACAAAUUAAGUUUGCCGUGAUAUUUCAAAUAUAUGUCCAUCUAUACUGUAUUUUACUAUCACUUAAAAAGUUUUUCUAUUUUAAUUACCGUUUUGCUUUAUUGUAAAAAGAUUACUGUCAGAUUUUGAUAGGAUGCGUCUCUUUAACAGAAGACCACUUGAAUUUGUUGAAAAGAACACAAACUGCUUGUUGACAUAAGAUUCAUGAGGAAAUUAAUUGUGAAUCUUGCAGAUACAAACUGAUUUAUUUAAUGUAGGUAGUGUCGAUCUUAUGUCUUUAUAUUGGGUGAAACUGCAAUGUAAAAUGUGGAUAAUCGUGAUUAUAUUGUAGGCUAACGUUUCGUAGACGUC